CAUUAAAGCUGGUCGUCUCCUAUCAUACAUUCCAUAUCAACUCUAUACCAAGCAGUCCAGUGUUCAGAAAAGUCUCAACUUUAAUCCCAUAUGCAAGCCUGAGGAUUCCAUGCCAGGUCCAAGCAAUAUAGCGAUAGAGCUCAACAACAGGGUAAAUCAGAUAAUCAAGAAAUAUGAGACAGAAAAUGAGAUAAAAAUUAAUGGAAUGAACAGUUGGAAUGAAGAAGAUACAAGUGAUGAUUUUACGCUUAUGGAGCUGGAGCAGAUUUUUCCUGGAAAGAAACAAAAUGGAAUUCAGCAUCCCCGAGACAACACUGCCAUUCUCAAUGGACAUACUCUCAGCUCUAAUGGUGCCUUAAAGACUAAGGAUUGCUUGGUGCCCUCGGGCAACGGUGUUGCAGACAGGCUUUCUCCAGGCCCUUUGUCAGAGGAGGAGAAGACUGAAAAAGGCAACAUUGAUUUUAGAGACUGCACUAUGCAGCAGUUGCAUCAAAGCAACAGAAACAUAGACAUUUUGUGGAAUCCACACAGGACUAUGAGUAAUUCAUUCUCAUCGUCAUCUUUGCACAGUCAUACUAAAAUAAAUGGUGCUCACCACUCCACUGUUCAGGGGCCUUCAAGCACAAAAAGCACUUCUUCAUUACCUGCUGUUAGCAAGGCAGCUUCCUCAGCGCUGUCCAAACCUUCAGACUGCAAUUUUAUUUCAGACUUUUAUUCUCGUUCAAGACUGCAUCACAUAUCAAUGUGGAAGUGUGAAUUGACUGAGUUUGUUAACACCUUACAAAGACAAAGUAGUGGUGUCUUUCCAGGAAGGGAAAAAUUAAAAAAAAUGAAAGCAAGCAGGUCUGCCCUUAUAAUAACUGAUGCAG